AUGGACUUAUCGAUUAAGGAAGAAGAUGAAAAUUGGAUUGUGUCGGAAAUCCGCCAGGCGAAUGUCAUUUGUGUCGUCUACUCGGUUACAGACGAGUCCACUGUUGAUGGAAUUCAAACAAAGUGGCUACCCUUGAUUCGCCAGUCCUUCGGAGAGUACCAUGAGACUCCGGUCAUUUUGGUAGGCAACAAAUCAGAUGGGACUGCAAAUAAUACUGAUAAGAUUCUCCCCAUAAUGGAGGCGAACACCGAAGUCGAAACUUGCGUUGAAUGCUCGGCUCGCACGAUGAAAAACGUCUCAGAAAUCUUCUACUACGCCCAGAAAGCUGUGAUCUACCCAACAAGGCCAUUAUACGAUGCAGACACCAAACAACUGACAGAUCGCGCCAGAAAAGCACUGAUUCGAGUCUUCAAAAUUUGCGAUCGAGACAACGAUGGAUGUCUUUCUCCGAGUGAACUUCAGAAUCUCUUCUCAGUAUGCCCGGUUUCAGUUAUUACCAAAGAUGUCGGUUAAAAUAUAAAAAAUAAAAUACAUUUUAUUCAGUUUUUGUAAUUUCAGGUCGUGCUGGGAAUACACUCGACUCGAUCAGAGUGACUCGUGAACGGAAGAAGGAUCUAGAAAACCAUGGAACCGACCGAAAAGUCUUCCAAUGCCUGGUAGUCGGAGCCAAGGACGCUGGAAAAACAGUCUUCACGCAAUCCCUAGCAGGACGUGGAAUGGCUGAUGUAGCACAAAUAGGACGUCGUCAUUCUCCAUUCGUUAUCAAUCGUGUCCGAGUGAAAGAGGAGAGCAAGUACCUGCUUCUGCGUGAAGUUGAUGUUCUCUCACCACAAGAUGCGCUGGGGUCCGGCGAGACGUCGGCGGACGUCGUCGCUUUCCUCUAUGAUGUCUCGAAUCCCGAUUCAUUCGCGUUCUGCGCCACAGUUUAUCAGAAAUAUUUCUAUAGAACAAAAACGCCGUGUGUCAUGAUUGCCACAAAAGUUGAACGGGAAGAAGUUGACCAGCGUUGGGAAGUGCCGCCGAAGGAAUUCUGUAGACAAUUUGAGCUCCCGAAACCAAUCAAGUUCUCGACGGGCAAUAUUGGUCAAUCCUCUUCACCGAUCUUCGAGCAGCUCGCCAUGAUGGCAGUUUAUCCACAUCUCCGUCGUGUUUUCUACCUCAACGACUCGAAUCUUCUCUCCAAAAUCACAUUCGGCGCUGCCAUAGUAGCUCUAGCUGGUUUGCAACACCAGUCUCUCGCCGUCUAG